GGUCGCAGGUAAUAUUUUGGUGAAAUGACAAACAUUAGACUGUGACUUAUAGAAAAUUCCCGAGGAGGCAUUUUACGUUGAUUAUAUACUGGAUGAGUUAUGUCUUUAUGACUUAGUAAACAUUCUAAGAUACGUUUUUUGUUUAGAUGAAAAAUGGAAGUAGCUAGUGGCGGAAUUCCAAAAUGAAACUGCAAAUCUGACAUAUUUCUAGAACAUUCAGUUAAACGCGUUCCUAUGAUAUCAUCGUAUUAACAUAAUCCAAAUAUUAUGUGAAAAGUCAUCACAAUAUUAAUUUUUUUUGUGUGUCUAACGAGAACGUGUCAUUCUAAAUUUUGACGUUAAUUAAACUAUGAGUUUGACAGAUAACUAAAGGGUGAAUUAUUUAUUGAUUUUUUCGGAUAAUUUAAUUCAGAAUUUUUGUCGUAUAAGAACAAAAAUGGAUACAAAUAAAGUGGAAUUAUAUAUUUACGAUCUAUCGAAAGGGAUGGCUGCGGCUUUUUCACCUAUGUUGAUAGGGAAAAGAAUUCAAGGAAUUUGGCACACAUCAAUAGUAGUUUAUAACAGAGAGUAUUUUUUUGGUUCUAAAGGCGUCGAGAGCUGUAAUCCAGGCACAACAGCCUUAGAAAGACCUUUAAGAGUGGAAGUUAUUGGAGAAACUCAAGUACCGUAUUCAGUUUUUAUCGACUAUUUAAACGGGUUAUCAGAAACUACAUACGCGGGUUGUACGUAUAAUUUGCUACAUCACAAUUGCAAUAAUUUUUCCGAAGAGAUAGCUCAGUUUUUGUGCGGAACUUCUAUACCAAAAUACAUUCUAGAUCUACCUAACGAAGUAUUAAAUUCCAAUUUAGCCGCCAAUCUUCUAUCGCUUGUUACUCAAUUAGAAAAUAGCGCGAGGCCUAUAAGAGAAGAACAGUCCAAUAAUAUCCAUGAACCCAGUCCGGAUUUCGAUCAACUAAAUUCGCAAAUCGAGGAAGCAAGAUACAAUUCUCUUCUUCUGGAAGAACGCCGUAAAACUCUAAAAGAAAAAUUGAUAAAAAAGGAAAAGAAACGAGAGAAAAAACGCAAAAAAAUAUUAGAAUCAGGCGGGGAAUUACCUCCGGAAUUGAAAGAGGAUUUCGCAAUGGCCGAUACAGAAACUGUAAACGGACAAUCUCAGUUACCUUCCGACGAAGCGUUCGCUUUAGAAGAAGAAGAACGUCGAGAAGAAGAAGCGAAGAAGAAAGCCAGAGAACCACCGAUUGUUUAUAAGGAUAUAAUAGACGUUAAAGUCGAAUUCGACGCUUUGGUCGCCCUUAUCGACGGCAAAUUGAAUCCGGAAGAGCAAAGGGCUACGGAGGAGUUGCAGCAAUAUAUGAUCGGGGAUGAGGGUAGUUGGGCUUUGAGUGACGGAUUUUUGGAUUUCGUCGGGAGGUUAUUGAACGAUACUCAACUGUCCGUUGACGUCAGAGUGAAAACUCUCAACGUAUUGGCAAUGGCGGCUUUGAAGGAUGACGUCAUAUUGGUUUUGCAUCAGGACCGGAAAGAUCACAUCCUCAUGAACUACGCUUUCGAAAUCGACAGAUUGAGUAUACAAGAACAAGAAGCUAUAGCUCUAUUCAUGGCAAAUAUGUUCGAAAAUCUCAGUUCGUCCGAGUGGCUACUGUACAUAUCCGAAUGGACUUACAACAAUCAACAAACCAGCAAUAUACGAGUCACGACGAAAGUAGCGGUACAUUCUCUUUUAUCUGAUUCCCCGAUACUACAAGACAGAGGCGCCGCUAUAAUCCACAAUCUUGCUUGCAAGGAGAAAUUCAGAAAUUUUCGGAUUCGUCAGCGAUUUCCAAAAGGGAGUUUAUCAAAGGUGUUCGAUGACGUCGCCGUUGAAUUAACUAUGGCGUUGCUUCAAUAUUUCAAUUCGAAACCACCUGAAGAACAAUUGUACCGAUGUAUGAAAGCAUUGGCGAAAUUCGUUCAAGUAUCUACACAAGAAGUACCGCAACUGAUUCAAAUGAUCGGUCCUGAUCCUCGAAGUUUCAAAGGUAUCAGUGACCGGGUCGAUUCUCUAGUUGAUCAAAUCGCCUUAAAGUUGCGGUAGAUAUAUUAAAUCUUAAAUAUAUUUGUCAAUACGAGUUUUAUUUAUUACUAUAUUCAUAACAAAUUGCUAUUUCUUUUGGGGUAAAUAGUAUAAAAGACAUAUUCCCGAAAUUUUUAGUACUUGGAGUAGCUGAACACUACUUUUAUAUGUUCUCCUGUAAUAUUUGUUGGAAUUUCUUAUUGAAAAUGAAGGACCGAUGAUACACGACAUCUAUCGGUCGAUAACUAAACAUAUAUCAACUAUGAAAAAACAGUUUCCUACACUUUUAUCUAACUGAUUAAAAAAUGUAGGAAUCAUGAUAUACGACACCUAUCGGUCGAUAGAUGAAGAUACUUAAACUGUUGAGUAUUUGAUUAAAAAUGGAGAAGCCAUAAGGCACUACACCUAUCGGUCAAUAGCAAAAAAUAUGUAAACUAAAAAAGUGUUUUCUCCACUUUUAAUUACCUAAUUGAAAAUGGAGAAACUGUGAUAUACGACACCUAUCGGUCAAUAGCUAAAGGUACAUAUCUUUUAUAGAAACAAUUUCCGCCACUUUUGUCAUAUAUUUAGAAUCUUGUAGAGUGCGAAAUAAAACCGGCAACGUAACCACAUCCUAACUUUUUUCCAAUUAAUCAGAAAAAUCAGAAAAUUAAUAGGAUUUACAAUUUCAAUUUUUUUUUUUCACAAAAUAGUAGUUAUCUUCCUCAUAUUUGAGAUAAUAAUGAAUUAUUAUGUAAAUAAUAAAUAAUUAUCUGAAUUUCAUUGAAAAACGGAGAUAAUAAAUUGAUUUUGAUAACAAUAAUUGUGACAACACUGAAAGUCGACGUCACAUAGUUGGCAACAUUGAGUAUGAAACAUGAUUAUUAAUUCUAUCUACAUUUUGAAUGUUUAAAUUUGUUCAGUGGCUUCUUAACGUUGGUAACUAACUAACUUUGGAGUUAUUAAUAUAUUAAGAAAACUUUUCACAUUUUGGAGUGAUAUUUUCGACAUUACUACGUAUCCUGAUCGUUUUAUUAAUUAAAAAAUUAAGAAAUGCAAUUACAUAACCUAAAAAACGAAGUGCCUUAACAUUAAAGCAAUCUUAUGAGUUUAUAUAUCUAAGAGUUUCCAGUGUUGCCAGACGGAUUUUAUUUUCAGACACAUUCAGUACAUUUCGAGAAUAUGUCCAUACUGGUAUCUGUAGCAUCAAAAAAAGAGUCGUAGAGCUUUUUUUUAAAAAAAGUAUCCCGAUUAAUUAUUUAAUGUAUUUAAUUUCAAUUUUUAUAAAAUAAUUAUCAAUUUUUUAAUCGUUUUAUAACAUUUAAUUUUUGUUAUUAAUAUCUAUGUGAAAAAAAAUCUGUGAUUUGUCUUAUUUCACCUGUUUUUACAUAAUAUUUAACGCUCGUGCAACAGAUGCAUUUUCCAGUUUUUAUAAAUUGUUUUAGUUUUUUUCAAAACUUUACGGUAUGUUUCUUUUUUUUACGUUUUUAUAAUUAUUAAAAAUGUGGCUUCAA